AUGAGCAGCGCAGCCCGCCCGGACCCAGUGGAGGCGCCCGAGGAGCGGCGUUUCCUCAGGUCAGCCAGGGAUGGGGACGUCAAAGACCGUGGCGAGGAUGCGGCCCCGAGGCAAGGGCAUGGCUGGGAGGGGGGCAUCAUGGGCAGGAUAGAUCAGAGGAAGGGCAUGGCCGGGAUGGGGCCUGGGGGGAUCCAAGGCCCACCCCGCAUUUCGCUGGAAAGACGAAGCCUGAAGCCUGCUGCUGCCAACGUGUUCCCCUUGCCAACUCUCUCCCGGAAGCAGAGGACAGUGCUGGUCGUGUGUGGCCCGGAGCAGAACGGGGCGGUGGGGCUGGUCUGUGCCCGGCACCUGCGGGUGUUUGAGUAUGAACCGACCAUCUUCUACCCUACACGCUCACUAGACCUGCUGCACCGGGACCUGACUACCCAGUGCGAGAAAAUGGACAUCCCCUUCCUGUCCUAUUUGCCCACAGAGGUCCAGCUCAUCAACGAUGCCUAUGGGCUGGUGGUGGAUGCCGUGCUGGGCCCUGGUGUGGAGCCGGGAGAGAUCGGAGGCCCCUGCACUCGUGCGCUGGCCACACUCAAGCUGCUGUCCAUCCCCCUUGUGAGCCUGGACAUUCCUUCAGGCAUGCCAGCAUGCCCGCUGCCCACCCUGGCCCAGUUGCCUGGGCAGACGUGA